AUGCUCUCAGUAGAAUGGACGGCUUCACAAGGUUGGCUAGCCCCUCGAAUAACGCCUUAUCAAAACCUCAGUCUCGAUCCCGCAACAUGCGUCUUUCACUACGCAUUUGAAUGCUUUGAGGGCAUGAAAGCCUACAAGAAUUCUCGAGGCCAAGUCCGGCUCUUCAGACCAGAGAAGAAUAUGAUGCGCUUCAACAAGUCGUCUGCCCGGAUAGCCCUUCCAAACUUCACAGGCAAGGCCUUUAUAGAAUUGAUAUCGAAAUUUGCUGCAAUGGAAGAACGAUUUAUCCCAGCCGCGCCAGGCUACUCGCUCUACCUUCGCCCAACUAUGAUAGGUACUCAGCGCUCACUUGGUGUGGGACCUCCGGGCUCUGCCCUCCUUUAUAUGAUCGCUUCACCCGUGGGCCCGUACUACCCCACAGGAUUUCGUGCCGUCUCCCUCGAAGCAACCGAUUAUGCUGUGCGAGCCUGGCCAGGAGGUGUUGGCGACAUGAAACUUGGAGCCAAUUAUGCGCCAUGUAUAAUACCGCAACUGCAAGCGGCGAAGAGAGGUUUCCACCAGAAUCUUUGGCUUUUUGGUGAAGAGGAAUAUGUGACGGAAGCGGGUACGAUGAAUUUCUUCGCAGCCAUCCAAGAUAAAGAGACAGGGAAGAAGAAGCUGAUGACUGCUCCGCUGGAUGGAACAAUAUUGGAGGGGGUGAUGAGAGAUUCGGUAUUGGAUCUUGCAAGAGAAAGGCUUAAGCCAGAGGGGUGGGAGGUGGAAGAGCGGAAGUUCACGAUGGCUGAACUAGCCAGCGCAGCUGAUGAUGGGAGGUUGCUUGAAGCGUUUGGGACAGGUACAGCUGCGGUUGUCAGCCCGGUCAGGCGGAUUGGCUGGAAGGGAAGGAUGGUGGAGUGUGGACUGAAGGAAAACCAGGAGGCGGGAGAUGUGACGAAGAAAAUGAAAGCCUGGAUAGAGGGCAUCCAAUAUGGAGAUGAAGAGCAUCCGUGGAGUUGGAAAAUAUAG